AUGGAUAACCAAGGACCAACAGUGUUCAGAGUUGAAAAGGCCUUCGACAUGCGUCCAGGCUACCAGCCGGCAGAAGCCACCCUCAGCGUUGUCUACAACACUACAAAUACAAACAGCACGGAGAACUCAAGUCCUGAAGCCCAGGAGGCAAUCGCAACUAGCCAGACGCCAUUGAUUGUCAAUUCCGUUGAGCCUGAAAACUCGCAAGAUAAGAACUCAGCUAGAGAGAUAGCCCUAGAAACCCCACCUGCCUCAAAUAAAUCCUCAGUCGAAAAGGAGUGCCUUAACAAAAGUUCCGCAUCUAGCGUAUGCACGGAUCAGUGUCAGGUCAAGCAGGAUAAGCUAAAUAAACCUGAAGAAUCGUGUGAAAAACUUCAGAGCCAACGAUCCUCCAAUUCCCAGCCUCUGCCACCGUCACCUCUAGAAGAGGCAUCGAAAGAGGUGAAGUGUACUGGAGAACUCCAACUGCAGUCCAGCGCAGACUCACUGCUAGGACGUCUUCAAGUACAAAGUUCCCAGUCUUUGCGUGAUGACGAAAUGAUAUUCGACCUCGGAGUCUAUCGUGAUCGCAUCAAUGGGAAGAUCCCAGAGAAUGAAUACCCACCAUGCCGACUCUACACCAUAGACAGAAGAAAAGGGGCGAUCAACAUGGUGCUGGAAACUAUGCAUAAUAUUGAGGCGCAUAUUCUGUGCGGUUACGUGAAGAAUCAGCACGACAAGUGCAAGUUACAAGAGAUGUUGUUCAAAGCAAGACAAAUCAUAGGUCCAAACAGGCAAGCCUCGCUGACCUACGUUGAAACAAAGGAGAUAAUGAGACUACUAUGCAUGGCUAAGGGUUAUGUGAUAAAUGGAUGCGUAUCAGAGUGUUGCAUCAACCAAUGUGGCAAACGAUCUAAGUGUUGA